AUGGUCAUCACUUGCGAGUUCCCAAGAUCAAGCGUCUUCAACAUCACCAUUCGCGUCACCAGACCUCGAGGCUCUUCUAUUCCGGCCAGCAUAGGAGGCUCGCAGGCAUUGAAGCAGCAUAUUGCUGAGCUCGCGCGCGAAACAGGCAAGCAUUGGCCGCUGUUGACUCCACCUACUGACACAGAUCCUCCACCACCACCGUAUACCGCCAUGGCUAUGUCGAACAGCUUCUUCGCUUCUCCGCCUAUAGGCGCGAUACGCAGGAACCAGCCAGAUACGUACUUUGCGAAUGCGCAUUAUGCUGGCGCACCAGCCAAUGGCGAUCGCACCACUGGUAGCAUGCCGUUCACACCCAAUGCUUCGAUACCACCUACGCCAGGCUCGCUCGCAGGUCGAAAAAGAUCGCGAGGUAAUGUCUUCGAGGAUGAGGAGGAGGAAGUGGAGAUUGGCGAUGGCUCGGUCAGCACAGCUCUAGACGGCUCAGGCGAGGACGCAACGGCUGUCGCCAUGCAUUCGGAUGCCUGGGCCGAAGAACAAGCAGCGCGUCCCCCGUUCAAUCUCAGGCAUGUGAAGCGGCCUUCUGUGUCAAGUCGCAAGUCUCAGCGUAAAGAUGUGAGCUCGUCUGCCUCCGACGACAUCCUAGGACAACUAGUCAUGCCACCGCAGAUGCGAGAAGCGACUGCCGAGCCGCUGAUUGACGAGGCGACGAGGGUGCUUGGUAUAAGCUGGGCACGCAUGGAUUCGACUGAGGCGCUGCAGAUCAACAAGGCGGCGUACUCGAAGUGGAUCCAGAACCACUACCCGAGCUUGAUUGGCGUCGUGGUGUGGUUCGAAAACAGCGCAUUACCAGGCUAUCUGGUCGAGGCGAGGAAUACCUAUAGCAGUCAACAGGGCUUCUACAUCUUCUCGCAUGAGCUGACGGAGGCGAGACUCGUUACGACGGAGCCGGCACAGCUCAUGCCGCGGUUGAAGCUUCUGCCUGCUUUGCAUCUGGCUGCUCCAGGAGGUCAUAUCCGGGCUGUAGAGGAUCCGGUUGUGGCGGCACAGAUUGAGCAGAACAUGGUUCAAAAUUCAGCGGCUGCGAUGCGGAACUUGCACCUAUCGAAUGGUGUCCGAGAUGGAAUGGCUGAUGAGUCGGCGGUUGCAGCCUCGGAGCCGAAUGGCAUAUGUGCUGCGCAUUCGAUGGAGCUUGACUAG